GAUAAAAACAAGAAUUUAAUUGAUAAAAGAAAACAAAUCGUCAAAAAAUUAUAAAAUUGUUUAUAAUAACAUAUAUUUUUAUAAAAUUGUAUUAAAAUCAAGUGCUUUCAUAUAAUAUGCUUUAGCUAUGUGGAUUAUUUACUCUAUAAUCAUACACAUUCUGCUAUUGGGCUCUAUAUUUGUUAUAUAUUUUCGUUCACCGGUCAUUACUAAUCUUCAGCCCUAUAAAAAUAUUCCUCUAGAGGCUCCAGCAAAACGUUUGGUUUUAAUUGUGACCGAUGGUUUAAGAGCAGAAUCUUUUUAUCAUGAAAAUUUCAAAAAUGUACCGAACAUUAAACAUCUAAUCGAUAGCCAAAAGGGAGUGUAUGGCAUUUCCAAGACCCGAGUACCAACCGAAUCAAGACCUGGUCAUAUUGCCCUUAUAGCCGGUCUAUAUGAAGAUCCUUCGGCUGUUACUAGAGGCUGGAAAGAGAAUCCUAUUGAAUUUGAUACUGUAUUUAAUAGAAGUGCUAAAACUUAUGCCUGGGGAGCCAAUGAUGUUUUACACAUUUUCUCGAGACUCUCUAGAGAAGAUGAAAAACGUUUAUUCUUUGAUUCAUAUAAUCAUGAAUUGGAUUUUUCGGGUAAAGAGAAAACCUAUGAAUUGGAUAAAUGGGUUUUCGAUAAAGUGGAAAAGUUUUUACAACGUAAAAGGGAGGAGUUACAGCCAGAAAGUCAAGUUAUAUAUUUUCUGCAUUUAUUGGGUUUAGAUACUGCUGGACAUGUGCAUAAACCUAAUACAAAGUUAUUUUUGGAAAAUUUACAUUAUACUGACAGAGGUAUUAAGGAAAUGUAUGAACUGUUUGAGAAAACAUUUCCCGAUGGUAAAACGGCUUAUGUUUUGACUUCAGAUCAUGGUAUGACGGAUGCAGGUUCUCAUGGCGCUGGUGCAAACUAUGAAACCGAGACUCCAUUUUUCAUCUGGGGUGCAGGUGUCAAACACAAAUCCUACAGUUCACAAAACAAUAGAUCAUCACUAUUUGAAUUGGAACAGGCUCAAAUGGCACCCAUAAUGUCUGCACUUCUGGGUAUAGCUACACCCAUGAAUAACUUCGGGGUAUUACCCCAAGACCUCAUUAAUGCCUCUCAACUUUAUCUACUACAUGCCACACAAAGUAAUGCUCAUCAGUUAUACAAUCAAUAUAAAUCAUUGUUGCAAGAACAUGAAAAAGGUUUAUUUAACAAAUUUCUGCCCAAAUUUAAAAUGGAUAUCGAUUUUGAGGAAUAUUUGGUGACACAAAGCACCUAUGAAGAAGAAAAACUAGCUAUUUACAACAGCUACAAACUAAUGUAUUCAGCCUUAAAAGGUAUAGACUAUUAUUUCAGUUAUUAUCGUGAGCUAUUAUUAACAGCAACGACAGCAACUUUUAUUGUCUGGUUGGGUUAUUUACUUAAAUUAUUAGGUCAGGUUAAUACUACUGUUACUAGAUUGUCUAAGAAGAGUAAUUUUGCUUUUAGUUGGAAAUGUUUUCUUUUAUCAUUUCUGUUCUUAAUAACUCUUAUAUUUUGUUUAUUGCAAAAGUUAAGCUGGAGUAUAACCUUUUAUCUUAUACUGCCUUUUGUGGUGGCCAGCUUAUUUAUAACAAAACGUGGUGCUAUUUUAUUAUUUGAUAACAAAUUAGGUUUAACAAAAUUCCAUUUAUUCCUACUGUUACUAUGUGCUGAACUUUUGGUUUAUACUUUUUUCGAUAGACGAGCUAUUUCUUUGGGAUUUCUAGUAUUUGCUUUACAAGAUAAAAUUUCCUUGAAAUUCUUUAAACAAAAACUAAAAUUUUAUAUAAGUUUUAUUUUAUCUUUGAUUUUAUGUAUAUUUCCCUUACUGCCCAUCUCGGUGGGUUAUUCCAAUAAUGCUCUACUAUAUGCUGGUAUAUUUGUCACUUUCUUAAGACCAUUUUUGGUAAAAAAUUCCAUAACAAUAAUAGAUAAAUUAAUAGUAUUUGUAGCUUUAAUUAAUAAUAUAAUCUGUGUUUAUAUGCACUCUCAGCAAUUAGGUGUUAGUGUUAUAUCCCACAUAAUAUCCUGGUUUUAUCUUUUAUAUGUUUUUAUGUCUCUAGUCAAACCCAGUGCUCUAACACUUAAACAACGUUUAGAGAAAUUUAUAUUUUUUUUAACUAGUCUUUAUUGUUUAUUUUGCACUUCGUAUGAAUCCUUGUUUAUUUUACUCUUAAUUUCCGAAUUAAUUUUAUCUCUAGACUGUUCCUUGACAAAAAAUAAUUUAAAUACCCCCUCAUCCCUUCUCACCAAUACUCUACACAUUUCCCACUGCUUUCGUUUGGCUUUUAUAAUUUUACUUUAUACCUUUUUCUCUUUUUUUGGCUCUGGCAAUAUAGCCUCGGUAAGCUCUUUUGAUCCCAAUAUUAUACGUUGUUUUCUAGCCACUUUUUCUCCUUUUGUUAUUAUGUUUUUGGUUAUUCUAAAAUUGAUUAUACCCAUUUUACUUAUUAUUUCCAUUAUAUUCGCCUUAACUCCCUUAGCUUUGCAAUACGAACGUCAAAUAUUUAUUUGCCUCUUAAUCGUUUGCGACAUUAUGGGUUUAAACUUUUUAUUUUUAGUUAAAAAUCAGGGCUCUUGGCUAGAAAUCGGUACCUCCAUAUCACAUUUUGUUAUUAUGCAAGUGACAACACUGGUUUUAGUAUUAUUUGUUAAUUUAGCGAAAUUUUUAUUGAAAAUUCAGGUCUCAUCGGGUUUUGAGGAAAAUUUUGUGAAACUUAAAUAAAUUUAUAUUUAAUAAAAUAUAUAUUUUUUACAAAACUUUUUGUAUUUAAUGUAAAUUUAUUUUUUUUUUGUUUUAUCUAUAAUUUUGUGAAAUAAAUUUUUU